AUGGGAGGCGUCGCGGCCAUCGAGCGCAUCCUUUGUGCUUUCUGGUGCGACGAGUACUUGUACAAAUACGGCCCCCUGCGAUCACAGUUGCUGUCAAUCCCCCGGUUUCCUUUCCCACCCUUCUCUGAGCUCCUCCUUUGGGCGGUGCCUCUCGAGUUCUGCCUCCGUCAGGCUAUUUCGUUUGAUGUGAUACGGUACGACCAGCGCACAUCACCCCCGUUGAACAGACGCAGCGGCCAGUCCCACGCUGCCCGCUCUCCCGCUUCUGCGUCCCCUCGGAAACGCUCCUGGGGGCUCCUCUCUGGUGGAAACUCUGUGCCCCGUCCCGGCUUCGUGCUGUCUCCCCUAUCGCGCGGCAGACAACUGCUUGUCCUUGCUCUUUUGGCCGGUUUCAAUCAUCGAGCUGUGCAACACACCCUCCUGUGGCCUGCCAGCGUUGCGCCGCAGCAGCCAUGGAGACAACCGUUGUGGUACGCUCUCCCAGCAUCCCCUGUGGCCUCCAAUGAUACAACCUCAGCUGCCUUUACCUGGCCCUAUGGAGUCAGUUCAGCGACUCAUGGCGCACAGUCUUCUAUUCAGCUCUAUCCGUAUGAUGCGGCUUACAUGCUCUCUUCGUCGACAAACUCUGCUGGCGUCACCGAAACAACGCGUGUGCCGGUGGUGGCCCCUGCUGGACAAUUGUCUCUGAAUGGUCUGCCACCUGAUCCCCAGGUCUAUAAUGCAUAUCAGCCGCAGCCGUAUGUAGGUAACACAAACGGUGGCCCUUGCCCGCCGUACUCCCUUGGAUCUGAUAAUAGGCUUUACUAUGGCGACAGCACCAUGCUGAUCCAAGGCCAUCCCUCCCCAGAGGCGCUGAAUGCAUUUCCUUCUCAGCAUUUUCAUGCCACUAGCCAACCCGAUAGCUUCAACAUUGCCCGGCCUCGUUCCCAGCAACAGUAUAUCUUUCAAGGGGUGCCAUCAUUUGGUCCUACCAACUCUGACUUAUUUCAGCAAAAUCCGCACACUCCUGUUUAUACCGCACCACAAGAGACCACUCCUCUCACUCAGGAAGCCCAGGAUACAAACCUUCCAUACCCGGCUCACUUCAACGACCCCGUCAUGGGAGGAGGACCGUAUGACCCCCAUGACUCUCGUCAAAUAGCCAUGAAUGAGUAUCAAAGUCAAGCGCCCGGAGCGAUUUCUCCGCCCUUCACAGGAUUUGGAGACAUGCUAGAUGGAGCUAUUCAAACGCAGAAUUGGCUGCCCAUGAUGAGUCCUAACCACGAACCUCGCCAACAUGGCCGUGCUGAGCCUGCCCAUCAUCAUUAUAUAUCAGAUGAUUUGGAAGAGCUUGAUAAUACAGACACUGAUGCGGAUGCCCAUGGCAGUUCGCCGGAAGCAAUUGUGGAACCAGUGCCGUCUCUUAAGCGGACAAGAUCUCAGCUCGCUUCGGGUCCUCCAUCAAGGCGAACUAUCCUUGGGUCUUCCAAACAAAAUGAGGUCAAGAAGGUCAAAGCAUGUGUUCGAUGCCGGAUGCAAAAGAUGAAGUGUGAGCCUGACUCAACGGACCUGUUGGGAGAUUGCGUAGGGUGCAGAAACUACUCGAAGACGUCAAAGAAGACAAUCCAUCGAAUGCCGUGUUAUCGCGGCAAAAUCACAGACGCCGUCUUGUACCGCAGUGGUGGGCUUCAGCUCACUAACCGCUGGAGAGGCACGGACAUGAAGGACGUGGGAGACCGGGUCAGUCCAAGGAGCUUUCGCACCAUCUCUUUCACUCUGGGUAUAUCCAAACAUCCCAUCAUCGUGAAGGUGACCGAAUUCCGUCCCCGUGUUGGCGAUGUGCUUGCGCGAUUCUGGACGGUCCCUGGCGGUGAGCACGGGGUGCGAAAGAGGAAAGACUUGGCGCCCUUUUGCUUGGCCGACAUUCAUAAAACCGCAGCGUACUACAAGGAAUAUAUCGAGAAUCAUGCAGUCGAAACUAUGAAGAGAGAGAGAGCUGGUGGGGAGAGAGCUCCACGAAACAUGGUCGAGACGACAUACAAAGCAGCCAUAGAACACUACGAAGAUUUGACGAGUAAGCCCUUCCUCACAUUGUCUGAGGAGAAGGAAAGAGAUUUCCUAAAAGUUUUGUUUCAUUUCUGGUUUGCCAUGCGCCACUCAACUGGGUCUUCGUGGAUCUGCGGCGAAGAUACAUUGGAGAUGAAGCCCGAGAUGAGAGAUGAAUCCUAUCCAUUGUUUGGAAAGGUUUCGGUGCCACGCAUGAUACUGGCUCAGUUUGACAGCAUCAACACCCAUCUUCUCCACAAGUAUGGAAAGAAAGUUCUUAGCGAACUCGAAGGCUUCAUGUCACGAGGCUCGACAACGAUGUGGUACACGGUCUACCUUUGCUUGUUUAUUCUUUUGCGCGAAGCAAGCUGGUUGAGCGAAGAUCGCUAUCGCCACGCGCGAAACAAUUUCGGCUCUAGUCUUCGUUAUUCGAUCCCCGAGUUUGUAGAGCAACUGCAAGAUGGUUGCAACAAUCUUCUUCACCAUUGGCAUUAUUACAACACCGAUGGAUGGACAGAAACCAUUGGUCAUCCUGACAGACAUAAGACUAGUCUGGCUUACCUGAAUUCGUGCCAACACGCGCUUGUGUUGGAUGCCUACGAUGAUGCUCAAACACAGAGACAAUUGGGUACAUGGCAAAUGUACAAGGAGAAUAACGGAAGUGUGGAAGCCCCGGCUCCGAAAGUGAUUGAGGGUAGAUCGUAUCAAGGGCGCCAGAGCCGUUACGAUUGGGACCACUCCCACUAUUGGAUUGCGCAGCUGUUUGAAGGCAAUUGGGGGCCACAUCCAACGUACCAGACAGAGCCGUUGUCCCCAUAUUAG